AAAUGGUAUAGCCAGAACGCACUGUAAGUCGCUUUGUAUAAAAGUGUCUGCUAAAUGCAUAGAUGUAAAUGUAGGCGGAUUGAUCGCAUUUGGAAUGCAGCCAUUGUCACUCAGGUAAUGAAGUCUCACCUGUAUAACCGGUCCACUCUCAUUCACAGAUACUGAACCACCCUCAGGGAGGAAAACUACUAUGAACAGUCAGUCAGAAAGCAAUGUGUUACACACGUAAAAUAAUUUCAAAAGCUUUUAAAACGUUGAUCAGUAUGAAGACGUAGCUCAUGAAUAUUAAUGAGGGCGCGUUCCUCGCCACCGGUUGGCUCGGGCUGGUCACGCCCCGUCCACCCGCGCUACACCUGAGAUCAGAGACUGCACCUGAGAGAGAGAGAGACAGAAGAGAAGAGAACAGGGAGAAUGAGAACGAGCAGGCGUUUCAGCGAUGGAUUCCGCUUUACUGAUCGCGCUGUGUUUGCUCUGGACGAGAACAACAGGCUCAUUUGCUGAGGGACCGCCUGAGCCUAGUAAUGUCCACUUCUACUCCGAGAACCUGAGGAACAUUGUGAGGUGGACGCCAGGAGAAGGAUCUCCCAAUGACACGGUCUACACUGUGGAAUAUGCCAUCUACGGCGAUGAGGAGGAGAGCGGCUCUGAGCGGGUGAGGUGGAGGCGUGUGGAGCACUGCACCUGCGUCACACAGAACCAAUGUGACGUGUCUCAGGAGACCUUUAACCUGGAGGAGGACUACUAUGCCAGAGUCAGGGCCGUCAGCGGGAACACACAGUCCGUCUGGACCGAGAGCACGAGCCGCUUCAGCCCAGAGCUCGACACGAUCCUCGGCGCGCCGCUGCUGGAGCUGACCGUGCUGAAAAACUACAUCGAGGUCACGAUCAAGGGGCCCUUCAGAUGGAGAACCAAGAGGACUAAGAAAGAGAAGUCCCUCUGGAAGAUCUUCCCACACAUGAUCUACUACGUCUCCGUGUUCAACAGCAGGAGCGGUCACACGGACUAUAGGCGUCUUAAAAACGGGAACCUGACGCUGGGUCCUCUGGACUUCUCCACGCAGUUCUGUGUGGUGGUUCAGGCCCAGUCGGAGUCUCGGCCGCUGGCCUCCAAACCCAGCGAGCGGCUGUGUGUCGAGACCCCCCCAGAUCCCUUCAGAGAGCAGCUGCUGGCUGCCGUGCUGGGCGGCGUGCUGCCGUCUGCGCUCUGUCUGUGUGUCCUCGCUGUGCUCGGGGGGCUCGUCCACUGCUACAUCACUGACCACAGACAGAGGCUGCCCAAGAGCACGGAUGUGGUUGGCAUGAGUGGAAAACUUCACACGUUCCAGCCUCAGAUGCCGCACACAGUCAUCUUUAACGUGAUGAAGCUGGGAGAUGAACCGGCGGCUCUGCCACAGCUGCUGUCCGGUGAGGACUGGUCAGUGCUGGACGAACCGGUUCAGGCUCAGAGCGCUGACCCGCCGCCGCCGCCGGUGUGUUACACACUGCAGCGCGCUCCGCCGCCGCUAGCUGACCCGCCGGACACAGACUCGGUCAGUGUGCACUCUGAGCCGCAGCACAGCGAGGACGGAGAUUACGGCAUCGUGCUGCCGGCUGCUUUUGGAGCUCCGUACAGGACACAAGCACACACUAUACAUCCUGUGGAUGUCCGUGAGGACGAGCCACACGACGAAGAGCAAGCACAGAUAUUCCUGGACUGGAGCCCAGACACUCAAGAGCUGAAGAUCCCUCUGAUGGGCUUGUUAGGUCUGGAGGAUGAAGCACCGCUGCAGACCGAAGCGGUCGCUCUGCUGCCUAACAUCAUCCUGAGACAGAGCUCGGGGGACAGCUGCGAGCCCGAGGACGACUUCACCAAGAUGGAGCGAGACUGGGGCCUCGUCAUCCGCUCCAGCACAGACUGACAGAGGAAUAACACACUGCUUCAGACUCCGGACACACUGUGAAGAUGUACACUUGAUGCUUAUCUAGUCUAGUGAGUUCAGUUUUAAGUUUAUGAAUGAAACGAUAUAAUGAAGGAUUUUCAGCGGACUUUGUUUUCUGCCUUCACUGUGAACAUGACACUCCAUGAACAAAGCUCAGUUCUUAAGCUGCUGUAUUCAGUUACAGUUAACCAUUUGCCCCAAACACGUGCACCUCCUGGAAGCUGCUCGAGAGAAAUACACAUGGGCACUCAGUUCUGAAAGACAUCUUUGAGCCAGUCACCUGAGCAUCAGAAGACCCGGCAACAUCUGUCAUUCAGUCUAUUUGAGAAAUGUGCUAAAACAUGUAGUAUAAUAUCGUGAGAUACGUCUGAUUUUGCUUGUGCAGAAGCCAGAUUUCAUUAUGUGUAGUUUGUUCAGCACUGCUGUGAUCCUCAGUGAUUUUCUGAUAAAACAUUGCAAAUAUUUAAAAAAGGAAUAAAAUAAAAAAGUGGACAGAUAAACUAAGCUUUGUGAACAUUAGAAACAUGACAUUGUGUGUGUGUACUUGAUGAUGCAUAUUGAAGGAAUUCAUGUUUUAUAUUAUAUCCUAUUUUAUAUAUCUUGUAUAUAAAUACCAAAUGAUACUUUUUUAUUAAAAUAUUAAUGUGUAGUUAUAAAAACAUUUGUUUAUGAAAUUUGAUGAACAUGCAGAUUAAUAAAGGCACUAUAAACACAGCAGAUUCU